AUGAUUGGUUGGCCAUCCUUGACAAGCAGUAUAGGGAUUGGGCCGAACAGUCCUCCCAACGCGCUGCCGCCCGUUGAUUGGGAUGAUCUAUCUACCCAACUCCGAGAGCGCAGGGAUACCAAGAAGCCCGUCUUGGUCCAGCAUCCGAAUGACAUGGUUUUGACACUUGGUGAUAGGCACGCCAUUCUGACCCCCGUGCACAACUUUGUUGGUUUCCAUCUGGCUAUUGGUCCUUCCAAGUCACCCUUAGCCACUCACCCAACCGGCGCCAACGGUAUUUCGAUGAAGAAAUGGCAACUGCGAUUGCCGGCGUACUGCGGGAAGGUCCGAUCUGGUGACAGCGAAAGUGCCACUGAUGAAAGUGACAGAAAAUUGAGCUCUGUGGACCACGCAUCCCCCUCUGUCACACCAAAGGCUGGGGACAAGCGCAAGAGCAUGGUUGAAAGCGCACCUAUGCUGUCAAGCGUAUCCGACGUCACUGCUAACAUCCGAUGUGCCCUCGAAGACUAUGACAACACUGCCUUGGCACAACUGUCGGGAACGGGCCGGGUCAUUAUCACUUGCACUGCUUUUGAUUACUACCAAGCUAUCACAGUGCUCUCUUCUACUUCUACUGCUUCUUCUUCUGCUUACGGCAAAAGGACUCGUCCUUCUCGCCUCCUCCUGUCUAAACACCGCCCUCCUCCUUCAAAGUCAUACCUCGCCGCUUCAAUCUCUGGCCGGGAUCCCACCACGCCUAGAGAGCCUUGCGUCCGGAAGACUGUACACUACCCCGACGACAAGCCCUCCCUCGAGCGGGUCAAUAUCAUCCCGGCUCGGCCAGAUCGGAACCUAAAGGCCUCCUUCAAGAAAGGCCAGGUCGCGGAGACGAAGUCGUUCAUCAUGUACACUUCGAAUCCCUCGGGCUCCAAUAGCGGUUUCUCUCCAAGCUCUGAACAGAGAACUGCAAAAAGAGAACUGCAAAAUGCAAGCCUGCCCGAUAAUGACGAGCUUCAUUCAGGCCCCAGUGAGGUGAUCCGUUCUGACGACCUUCUGCCCGAUGAAGAUAUUAACAGUUCCGAGGACUCCACCAGUUAA